AACUGAAGCAACACAUUCCAGGAAGAAAACGGGAAGCGCUUUGGAAACCUUUUAAAGCGCUAUGGAAAGGCUAGCGGCGGAUAUCAGCAUCAAGUUUAUGACACUGCUGGGAGAAAAUGUUGGUCAGUGGACAGGCAUCGCAGGUCCCAGAGAAAAGGUUUUGCCCGAGGUCAUACAUACCAAGUAGCGGACAAGUCUCGAACCCUAGUCUAGAAGACAGGUCUCUUCCAGGCCGGCUUCCUGGACUGCUCCAUGCCCUACUCCAAGCUUUUCUGGGCAGGCGCGUGCGACCUGCCCCUUGCUCCAAGAUUUCCCGGACCUAGGGGUGGAGCCUCUUGGCGCGGGGCGGAGCCAGACAUCGACCCGGUGCGAGCACCGGGAGAGGACGCUUUCCGUGAGGCCUCUCUAGGCCCCGCCUUCAGAGCCGCUUUUCUAGGCGUCCAUUGGCCCGCGCUGCGCCAGUGACUAUUUCCAUUGGCCACGGGGGCUGUCACUGGGGGCGGAGGGAAGAUAGGGCCUGGACGCAGGACCGAGGGCUGCCGGGCUGGCCCCGGAGCCGCGACCAGACUGGAGCUGACGGGACGGGCCGGGGCCGCCGCCGCCGCGCUGAGUGGAGCCUUGGGCGGUACGGCUCGUCCCGGCCCGGCCCGCGGGACCAGAUGAGGAAACUGAGACUCAGAGAUGAAAUGACUUGCCUAUGGUGAUACAGCUAAUGUCAGAAGUGGGAUAUGAAUCCAAGUCUUUCUGAUUCCAGGUUUAGCACUUUAUCCACAUCACUUUGAUGAACAAAAAGAAGGGGCUCUUGUGAUCAUGGAACCCCAACUGUGAAGGCCUAUGUAUCCCUUGUUGCCAUGACGACAGGCGACUGCUGUCAUCUCCCUGGCUCACUGUGUGACUGUACUGGAAACACGGCCUUCUCUAAGAUCGUGGCUGACCCGGACCUUGGGCAUCCGCAAUAUGUGACCCAGGUAACAGCCAAGGAUGGCCGGCUCCUCUCAACUGUCAUCAAAGCCUUAGGCACGCAAAGUGAUGGGCCCAUCUGCCGAAUCUGCCAUGAAGGGUCCAGUGGGGAGGUGCUGUUGUCACCCUGUGAUUGCACAGGCACCCUGGGUACCGUGCACAAGAGCUGCCUGGAGAAAUGGCUUUCUUCCUCCAACACUAGUUACUGCGAGCUGUGCCACACAGAAUUUGUGGUGGAGAGGCGGCCCCGGCCACUCACAGAGUGGCUGAAGGACCCUGGGCCCAGGAAUGAGAAGAGGACCCUUUUCUGUGACAUGGUGUGUUUCCUGUUUAUCACACCCCUCGCAGCCAUCUCAGGCUGGCUUUGCCUCCGAGGGGCCCAAGAUCACCUACAGUUUAACAGCAGACUGGAGGCUGUGGGGCUUAUUGUUCUCACUUUAGCACUUUUUACUAUCUACAUCCUUUGGACAUUGGAUAUUCUUGAAUGUAAAAACCUUCACUUGGUUUCAAAACAAUUAACUGUGCAAGUACAAGAUGAGGAGGAACAGGUGGCUAGACAAGUUUAUUGAGAAAGAAUUGAGAGUUUUGGUGAACUGCAAACUCACCAUCAGUCAACAGUGUGACACGGACGGCAACAAAGGCUAUUUAUUCUAAGCUUAAGAGAAGAGUAAUGUCCAGAAAGAAGAAGGUGAUCGUGUUGCUGUACUCUGCCCUGGUCACCACAUUGUUAGAAAAGAUAACUACUAUUAAGCUGGAGCAGAUCCAAGGAAAGAGACAUGAUAACCAGGAGGCUAGCCUGCCUGCCAUUCGUGGACGAGAAUAGCGCUGGGGCGUGACAGCUGCCUUUAGGAUUGAAAGGACUGUCAUGUGGGAGAAGAAUUAGGGUCUGAUACCUGGUACGGGGGCAACAGACGGGAGUUGCAGAAGGGUAGUUCUAGUCUCCAUGAAAAGAAACAUUUCGUCUUCGUUCAUGGAGUUCAGAAGUAGAAUGCACUUCUUUAGGAGGCAGUGGGUGCUCUCUCACUUAAGGUCUUUGAGCAGAGAUCGUGUGACUGCUUCUUAGGGACAUUACAGAGGGGACUCCUAUUCAGGUCCAGGAUGGAACAGAUGACCACUAAAUUUCCUUCCCACCAUUGAAAUGCUAUGUGAUUUUCUAUCAGGAUUCCCUCUUUGGGUUUGAGAGGGAAAGUACCCCGUACUGCAUGACCUCUCUUUCUUGUU